AUGUCUGACCUCAAGGCAACUGUCUCUGAGACGCCCAAGGGCUUCCACGUCGAAGGCUACGAGAAGAUCUCGUACGACUUCUCCUUUGUCGAUGGGGUCUUUGACACUCGUAACCCCGGCCUGGCCGAGUGCUACAAGCCGUGGGGACGCGUUCUUGCCGUUACUGACAAGAAUGUCUUCGGCCUCUACGGUGACAAGAUGGAGAAGUACUUCGCUCACUACGGCCUGACCCUGCAGGUCCACAAGACCUCCAUUGGUGAGAAGGCCAAGACGGUUGAUACCUGGUUGAGCAUUUGUGACUCAAUGACCGACUUCGGUAUCAUUCGGAAGGAACCUGUUCUUGUGGUCGGCGGUGGCCUUGUGACUGACGUCGCUGGCUUUGCCUGCGCGGCAUACCGUCGGAACACCAACUUCAUUCGCGUCCCCACUACAGUCAUUGGUCUCAUUGAUGCCAGUGUGAGCAUCAAGGUGGCCGUCAACUACGGCAACUACAAGAACAGGCUGGGUGCCUACCACGCCCCUAUCCACACCUUCCUUGACUUCACCUUCCUGCGCACUCUCCCUAUUGCACAGGUGCGAAAUGGAUUUGCAGAGCUCAUCAAGAUCUCGUCAUGCUCCCACCUCCAGGUGUUCGACUUGCUGGACAAGUUCUGCGAGCAAUUGAUAGAGCACAGGUUUGGGCGAGGGGACGGCUCCUCCGAGGAGCUCACCAGGGCGGCUGAUAUCAUCAACCGCGAGGGAAUCUACGAAAUGCUGAAGCUCGAGUCCCCUAACCUACACGAGAUUGGUCUCGACCGUGUGAUCGCGUACGGUCACACGUGGUCUCCACUCCACGAGCUCAUCCCAGAGACACCUCUGCGACACGGCCAUGCUAUUUCCAUCGACAUGGCAUAUACUGCCACACUAGCCAAUCACCGUGGGCUGCUCAGCGACGCAGCGCAUACCCGCCUGCUCACCCUGUUCUCACGCGCCGGUCUCACAAUCGACCACCCCCAGUUCGACGAGCACGUCAUAGACAAAGGAACAGCAGCCAUCCUCAAGACACGGGACGGAAAGCUGCGCCUGGCUGUCCCCAACCCCCUGGGCAGCUGCACCUUCCUGAAUGAUGUCAGUCAGGAGGAGCUACUCCUUGCGCUCAAGAAGCACAAGGACUUUGCGAAGGGCUACCCGCGUGAGGGUGCUGGUCUCGAGGCCUUCGUCGAUGGCAGCGACACCGGAUACACAGAUCUGGCAUCUGAGAACAAGAGCGUGCUUGACACUGUGGCCGAGAAUGGGGACGGGUUGAAGGCAAAGCUCGCCGCCAAGGUGGCCAAUGGCACCAACGGACACGCCAAUGGGCAUGCGAAUGGGCACACCAACGGGCACACCAAUGGUUUUACCAACGGUCACACCAAUGGCAACGGAGCCAAGGGAGUUCAGGAUUCUCACGUGGAGAGGGUUGCAAAGACGAACGGUGUUCAUUAG